UUGGGUUCAUCUACCAAUCGCGCCUGGGGAAAAGCAGUUAACUUUUCGCCUUUCAAUCGCGCCUGCGUCGAAGAUUUCACGCACUUGGCAGAACUUUUCUUCCCGCGGUUACCGUUACUUCACCGGCUCAUAGAGACGCGGACCUGCGCUGCUACUCGUGCGCAAGGAUUUUUUUCUCGCUGGCGGUGAGUUCGGAUUUUUUAAAAAAUAUGUCUGCACUGAAAUAAUGAAUGCCGAAAUUACUGGUUGCUAUAUUUUAAGUAACAAAUUUAGAAGAUAUUUUAGAGACUAAAAAAAAAAAAAAAAAAAAACAAGCUAGUCUUAGCUAUAAAUUGUUUUAACAUCUUGGAAAUCCUUCAUCUGCAUACAAGUUGAUAUAUGUAAUUAUGUUGGAGCAUCAUAUAUGCUGCAGCGCUAUUAAAGUUGAAGGAUACAGAAAGAACAGCAUUUUCUAAUUUCAUUCUGAGUUAAUUUUUCAUGCUUCGUGAAUAAAAGCCGUGAAAAGGAAAUUUUAUCCACUUGAAGAACUUUCGCUUUUUUUUAAACCAAGAACAUGUAAGGAAAUUUGAGAUUUUAUAAAAGUAUCCAAAUUCUAAGGGAAAAACAUAUCAGAGUUUUAUCUUCAUGCACAUUUAGGUGGCAUAUGAAAAUUUAGCGCGUUUGGAAAAUUGAGAAUAUUCCUUGAAAUUCCUGUGGUAGAAACUUCAGCAGUGGAAGCAUUAUCAAAAUUCGGUAGAAGCAGCAAGUUUAUUUGACAUACGUGUUACUUUCCAUUACGAAAAUGAUAUUUUUUCCUCCUGAAUUUACAGAAUCCAAUUUGACGCCCUAAGGAUUAAUCUUCCAUGAAAUUCUCUGUAUAUGUUAUCCUUGUUCAAACACAAACUACGAAGUGAAGCAUAUAAAAUAGCCAUAAAUUUAAUUCAGUGUUUUCUGUUCUGAGCUAUACUCUCGGGAACUUGCUGUGGUAACCAGACAGAGAAGGAACAUUGUCGAUGAGAGGUGAUCUGAAGACCAGCAUGAUGCCAGUGGCUCCAGCAGCCAUGUUGCCUCCACAUAGAACGACCUCUUCUAGUAAACCCAAAUUGGGUUUUUCCAUAGAGUCUAUUGUUGGCCUUCAAGCAACAACCAGGAACAAGGGUUCUGCCUCUCCUGAAGAUGAUGAUCGAUGUUCUGAUGGUGAAGUGACAACCAUCACUCCGCCACCAGCUCAUACUCAUAAUAAAAUGCCAACAUCAAGUAGUCCUCCUUAUUAUAGGACUUCUAGUGAGGACAUUUAUUCCAAUUACAGUCACUACUGCCCCCCAAGGGUUCUGCCAACAAGGACCUCGGACUAUACUCAUAGAGGUGAUCUUGUGCAACCUCAAGCAAGCGGGCCUCUUGCUUAUCCUUCUGUGAUGUCUCACUAUGGUUCAGCAUUGUCUUUAGGCCACUGCCAUGGACAGUACCCAUUAGCUUCAUAUCUGGUCAACAGAGACUAUCCUGCAUAUCCCUGGGUGAUGGCAAGACAACCCAGGAUUUUACCAUACAGGCCGCAAGGUCCACAGAAUGCCAGCUUCAUUCUGCACCAGUUCCGUAAACCCAAAAGGAUUCGCACAGCCUUCUCUCCUUCCCAACUGCUGACGCUGGAACACGCUUUCGAGAAGAACCAUUACGUCGUGGGUACCGAAAGGAAGCAACUUGCCCAAAGUCUCAACCUCACCGAAACACAGGUGAAAGUAUGGUUUCAAAACAGAAGAACUAAACACAAGCGGCAGAAGCAGGAAGAAGAGCAACAGUCACGCCCCUCCGAUGGUCAGUCGAGCUCAAAGAAUGAGUCUGAUUCCAAAGAGGGUCAUCCUACCUCCUUGUCUUCUACCAUGGAAGACUCCGAAGAAUCAAUGUGCGAAGACGAAGACGAUUGUGAUUCUAUCUGUGAUGAGUCACGAGACCAGAAUUCGUGAUUGUUAUACCUGGAUGUUUUUAAAUAAUUAAUGAAGGGUAAAUAUUCAAGGACUAAUAUGCUCUGAAGCCAAAGAACUUUGAAUAAAUUUCCUUUAGUUUGAUAAUUUAUAGACUGCUGACUAUCUUCAUGCAUGAUCAUGAUUUUUCAUUUGGUUAUUUAAACUGAUUAAGCAGUUAACAACUAAAUAAAUAUUAAUCUAGUGAUUUCGGGAAGAAAACUAUUUUACUCAAGGAAAUCAGCAAGAUUCAGAAGCAAGCAAGCGCAAGUCAUUCCAUAUAACUCUUAAAUACAGCCUUCUUUGUAUAUAAUCAGUCAUUUGCUCUUUGCGAUUCGUCAUUACAUCUAGAAAUUUUAAACUUAUCUCAGAAAGAGCAUUUAUGUAAGACGAAAAACAACGUUGUCAGCUUUCAGCUGUAUCGAAGUUUUCAUUUAUUCAUUAUUGUAAUAUUUUAUUAAUUUUAACUGUAACUUUUUUAAUAUAACUUAUGCAAUAUUUUUUUCAUAAAUUUUCCAUUGCAGAAGAUCUUAUGGAAAUAAAAUAAAGCCCUGUAAGAAACUCAUUUUUUUUAAAUACUUUAAUUAAGUAAAACACAUGAGAUGCUAAAUUGUGCACUUGCAGAACUUUUUUCCCCUCAGUAAAAUGGUUUUUCAGCAAUUCUGCCAUUCUUUGAGAAUUUUUGUAGUACAAAUACAUGUCUAAGUUCAAUAUAUAAGGGAAUAAAACCUAUAGACACAUUUUUGAACACCCUGUUUAUUUUUUUGCAAUGACAAUUAACUAGCUGAGAUAUAUGAUUCAAAUGAGAGUGAAAAUUUAAAAAUUUUGGAAUAAAUUUUAAGGUCAUAAAAUUUAUAUAGCUCUCAGUAUAUAGAAAACUUAGAAAAUUUAAAAACUCGGAGUAGGUGAAAUAUAUUAACUUUGAACUGAAUCAAAUUGAUAUUUUAAUGGCAUUACUCUCAUAACACAGUUAGAGUAUGGUAAAAUAGGUAAAGGGGUCUUUUGCAUUGUGAUAAUAUUUUCAUUUGUUAGCGAUAAGUACAACAUGAAUAUUUCAAAUCAUAACGUUUAAUUAGCAUUCUAUAAUUGUUAAAAAUUAUUUCUCUAAUUUUUUAUCUAAUUCUUUGUUCAAUAUAUAUAUUUGUUCAACAUAUUUUUGCAUUUUAUACUUUGUAAAUCUAAAUGCAGGUUAUAUGUAUUUAAGCCAAACUUAAAUACGAGUAUAUAUUGAGAAAUUAUUUCGUGUGUUGCGAUUGUGGAAAUUGAUUAAAUUAGUACGCAUCAAGUUUUAACAUGUCUUCCCCAUUUUCCCAAACAAAUUAUGUUGUAUUGUACUACUUCUGUAUUGAUUAUCUUUUCUACUUAGAAGAUAUUCAAUUGUGGGAUUUGUAGCUAUCUCCGAGGCAAAAAAAAUUUAAUUUAGUUUUCAAAUUAUAGCAGUACUUGCUUGCCGGUAAUAAUAAACUGAGUGAUUUAAAAGGACUUGCACACCUUAAAUGUUUUAUCUAAUUCAUAUAAUUAAUAUUGCAUUUAGUAAUUAAUAUUUAAUAUACGUAAUUGAUAUAAUUUAUAAUGCACUAAAUUGACAUUUUUAUUAACGCAUUUUAUUAGUUAAGUUAGCAAAAAAAAAAAAAAAAAACUUUCUAAUGCCUUAUAUUAAGCAUUUUCUUUGUAGAGUUUCAUUUUUCAAUUAAACACUUUUCUAACUCUUUUUUAUUAAAAUUCAAAUAUCUAUAUUUUGUGAAAUGUGGUAGAUAAGAAAUGAUUUCCAUUUUAUGUAUUAUUCUACAAAGACUUCCAGCUUUGUAGAAUAAUAGACUUCAAAGAAUAUACAGCAGCAAAAAUUGCAUUUUCUGUUGUCUUAAUCAUUUGAAUAACCUCUAGCAGCCUUCAAAAACAACAAGAUAUUUCGCUAUUUGACACUAAACCUAAAUGAUAAUUUCGAUAAUUUUAUUUUUUGUUAAGCGAACAUGGCUGAUUUAGAUAUCGUUGAUUUCGUGUAGGUAAACGAAAUCAUGUAUUUAUUACAUAAUAAAUGUUUGUUAGAGCCAUUUUAGAAUCAGAUACUCACGUGAUUAUCAUUGCAAAAACAGUCUUUCAUGACAGUCGAUACAUAUAUUCCACGAUAAUUAGACCGCUAGUAUGAUAUCUGAAUUGUUACUUGUUAUUUCCAGUAUCAGGCCUGUUUUCUUCCAAUUACCGGUAACUAAAGAAAUAUUUUGACUGUAAAUACAGUGUAAAGAUUGAUAUCCUGUUUCAUAACUAAUCAAUCUGCUCUAGCAGAACAGUUGCUGAUUGUCACACGCCACUUUGAACAGACUGAUUGACUUUCAACUAACAGUGUAAUCGAAAGUCUAAUUAUGCAUUAUAUUUAUGUAUGGACUUUGCACGAGGUGAAUCGAUUAAAGGUAAUCACUGUGUUUGCUGGUUACCUCUCAGUAGAUUAAUGAUGCCAGCCAAUGACUCUAAAUGUUGUUCUUUGUUGUUUUAUUAUUUUGUACUUCAAUCAUUGACUGGUGGACAUUUCAAUGUCAUUGUUCUAUGUAAUUAUUUUCUUCUGUUUUCUUUUGUACAGAAAGUUUCAUUGUAUUUUUGCUUGUAAUAUUGAAAAUUAAAAGUUUUGUGUUGAUA